AUUAUCUGGUGUAGUGGUUACAGACACGAGAGACUGAACUCCUUGAAUCAGGGAGCCCUUUCCUGUUGUGUGCUCCAGUGAAUGAAGUCGUGGUACGGAGGACAUAGAGAUAAUUGAAUUUUAGCUCCGUGCAUCACCUCUGCACAAGAUGCUUCCUUGUUUCUGGCGAGAUGACGGCAGUGGAGAAGGUGGAGGAGCAGCUGGCGGGGCUGCGCAUAGCCAGGCGCUGCGUGCCCAGCGAGGAGCCCGCCUACCUGCUGGACAUCCACGGCUCCAGGGCUGCCCAGCCCGGGAGCAGCCGCCUCGUGGCCGUUUCCUGCUCCGACCAGUCCCUGCGGGUGUACGACGGGGAGACGCUGCGCUCCCUGCGCCGGUACCGCGGCCCCGCCGGCGGCCUCGGCGGCGUCAGGUUUGCCCACACGCGUGACAGCCUGGUGUUCUCAGCCUGCAGCCAGGGCAAGGUCAAGUGCUGGGAUGUUCGCUCAGACACGCAGAAGCCCGUGCAGGUGUUCAGUGGCUACCCUUCCAACGUCUUCAUCAGCUUCGACGUCAGCUGCGGCGACCUCAUUGUUUGUGCCGGAACGGAAAAAGGUGAAAAGGACGCGUUUCUGGUGUUUUGGGAUGCGAGAGGCAUUACAGACUGUGCCAGUGCUGCUAAAGAGCCCUUGGGAGUCUAUUCUGAAAGUCACAAUGAUGACAUCACCAAAAUCUGUUUUCAUCCUGUUGAACCCAAUUUGCUGGUGUCUGGGUCGACCGACGGCUUGGUGAAUGUGUUUGACAUCAACAAGGAUAAUGAAGAUGAUGCUUUGAUAUCGACUUGCAAUUCAGAUUCAUCAGUGAGUUCUCUUGGCUGGUCUGGGGAAGAUUACAAACAGGUCUAUUGCAUGACACACGAUGAGGGGUUCUGCUGGUGGGACAUGGCUCAGCUGGACACCGAGGAGCCAAUAACCCUGCUGCACGUUCUGGAUGUCAGAGAGUCAGUCUGCGCCGAAAACCACGACCUGCAUUACCUGGUGGGUGGCUUGUACCACGAAAAGGCAAAGAAACUCUUCCUGAUUGGGGGAACCUUCACAGGAGACAUCCACCUGGUCAGCUGCAGCACUGAUGGCCUGAGCCUGGUGGGGACCCUGUGUGGGGGACACUCGGCCACCGUCCGCUCCUUCUGCUGGAGCCCCACGGAUGAGUCUCUGCUGACGGGUGGAGAGGAUGCUCAGCUGUUGCUAUGGAAACCUGGGGCUGUGGAAAGGUCCCUCACAAAGAAAGCAUCUCUGAAGAUCUCUUCUUCCGUGCAGAAGAGAGUGAGAGUUCACAGCACCUCCCUCAAAAGCAGGAAAAAGUGAAUUGCCUGAAGUGAGAAUCUCUGCUGUGUAGAGCUUUCCUGGUGUUCAAUCUCUCCAGGCAAUACUUGGCCAUGUUUUAUUUGGAGGUUUUCUGUGGAAAGAACCAUGGUGCUUGAAUUCCCUCUGGGAAUGUAUUUCAGUCAUCAGAAGAAUGCCUUUUUUUUUUUUUU